UGUUACGCGAUGGGUACGACUGGUUGGGAGGGGCAUGGUUGUGGACUGGAGUCCCUGGAUGUGGGCACUUCCUAAUGAUGAUGAAGCUCUUAUUAACAAAAAGCUACCAAAAGAACUUCUUUUAAGAAUAUUUUCCUUCUUGGACAUAAUUACUUUGUGUCGAUGCGCACAAGUUUCUAAGACCUGGAAUGUGUUGGCCCUGGAUGGAAGUAACUGGCAAAGAAUAGACCUUUUUAACUUUCAGACAGAUGUAGAGGGCCGGGUGUUAGAAAAUAUUUCCAAAAGAUGUGGUGGUUUCCUGAGACAACUAAGUCUGAGAGGCUGUCUUGGGGUUGGAGACACUUCUUUGAAAACAUUUGCACAGAACUGUAGAAACAUCGAACAAUUAAACCUUAAUGGAUGCACAAAAAUAACUGAUAGCAUUUGUUACAACCUUAGCAAAUUCUGCCCAAGGCUAAAACGUCUGGAUCUGACAUCUUGUAUUUCCAUCACAAACAACUCUUUGAGGAGUUUAAGUGAGGGAUGCCAAAAUCUGGAACUCUUGAAUCUUUCCUGGUGUGAUCAAAUUACAAAAGAUGGCAUUGAAGCACUGGUGAAGGGGUGUAAUGGACUAAAAGCACUCUUUCUUAGAGGAUGCACUCAGCUGGUAGAUGAGGCACUCCACCACAUUGAGACUCAUUGCCAUGAACUGGUUAUCUUAAACUUGCAGUCAUGUAUGCAAAUAUCGGAUGAAGGCAUAGCGGGCAUUUGUAGAGGAUGUCACAAACUCCAGUCACUUUGUGUUUCUGGUUGUACAAACCUUACAGAUGCUUCUCUCAUAGCACUUGGUCUGAACUGCCCAAGACUGAAGAUUCUGGAGGCUGCUCGAUGCUCCCAUCUCACUGAUGCUGGUUUUGCACUUCUAGCACAGAAUUGCCAUGAACUAGAAAAGAUGGACCUAGAAGAAUGUGUUCUGAUAACAGAUAACACAUUGAUACAACUUUCCAUUCAUUGCCCUAAGCUGCAAGCACUGAGCUUGUCCCACUGUGAACUGAUCACAGAUGAUGGGAUUCUGCAUCUGAGCAGCAGCACAUGUGGACAUGAAAGACUUCAAGUACUCGAGUUGGACAACUGCCUUCUAAUUACAGAUGUGACCCUUGAACAUCUUGAAAACUGCCACAACUUAGAGAGAAUUGAAUUAUAUGACUGUCAGCAAGUCACCCGUGCAGGCAUCAAAAGAAUAAGAGCUCAUCUGCCAGAUGUGAAGGUUCAUGCUUACUUUGCUCCAGUAACCCCACCUCCUUCUGUAGGAGGCACUCGACAACAACUCUGCCGAUGCUGCAUUAUUCUUUAGCAGAGAACCUUCACUGAAACAGGCCAUGUUACGUCUUCAUACAGAGACAAAUGUAACCUGUUGAACAAAACAGCUUCCCUGGAACGGUGUGCAGAAGGGAUCCAGAAAACAGUGGGUAGUCAGACACAUGCGCGCACACGCACACACACACCUCCCUAGGACAGACAGUGUCAUGCACUACAGAGCUGAAUGCUUCAGCCAGCAUAUGAUAUCAGGUGUGGGACAGGUAAAGUUGCAGCUACAAAGGAACAUUCCUUUGCAGCUGCAGCUAUACUUCUGGCAACGUUUCAGGUUGGUGUCUUACCUGGUCAUGCUGCUUUUGGCAGAGAACAGCUACACUUAGGACCUCCUGAGCAUAUCUGAUCCCUUCCAAAAACAGCAUAGAAAAUAGCUAAAUUCAAACAGCAUGAAAGGUAAAGCUACAGCUGCAAAGGAACAAUUGAGAGCAUCUCUUAUGGCCAGUCAGUGGGAAGGCAUGUUAGGCUCGAUUCUGGAUCUGGCAUAUCUCCCGAUGCUCCUCUGCCUUCUUCUACAGAGGACUCUUUCUCAGGACUCUCUGGGAAGGAGGAGGGAGAGUGGACUGACAAGUUAGCAGUGGAAUGCUUAUUCACUCUGAUGAUUCAAUUCUGAGUAUUUUGUGCCUUUACUUUCUGCGGUAUUGUUGUCUCUAGGUCUGGAGUCUAAACAGUCCUUGACAUCCUAGGCAUAGUCUAGAGGGGCUUCUAUUUUUCCAGCUCUAAAAUCUUCUCUCAGGGAGGUUUCUCUUCUGUCAUUGUUCAAAGUGGUGGUCAGUGCUAAGUGGACAACAUCCUUGCAAGGUAGGGAGGCUACAGCAGGAGUAUAAAAAUUUUCUUCCUUUCCAGAAAAUACUUUGGGACAUGUUCAAAGUUCCCCUUCUUGAUGAAGCAUUAGCAGGUCUGUAGUUGAGGAGAGCCUGGCUGGGAGUCCAGAGUCUGUGAGUUCAAAUCCCCGCUCGUGUCUCCUGGGUGUCAAGGGCCAGCUAAAGAUCACCCCCACAGUGAGUGGCGCAGGGGUUACAUGCCCUGCCACCUGUGCAGCUGUGGGCAAGCUGCAUAGUCCCAAGGAGCCAGUUGCCCCCCCAGCUGGCAGUUGCGGACAAGGAAGGGGCUGGCUUGUGCAGCUGUGGCAAGCUGAGCAGGCCCUAGCCAGCUGGGGAAGACUAGCCUCAGAGGGAGGCAAUGGUAAACCCCCACUGAAUAUCACUUACCAUGAAAUCCCUAUUUAUAGGGAUGCCAUAAAUUGGGAUCGACUUGAAGGCAUUCCAUUUCCAUUUUCAGUUGAAGGCAGUGAUCACCAGGGAUGGGGAUACCUCUUUGAAAGACCAGGUAGGCAGUGUUCAGAACUAGUGUUAAAGAAGGCCUGCAGCCUCUUCUUUGCAGAAUCACAUCACAGUUUUUUUUCCCUUGCAUCCUUCCUUUGGGUGAGGAUCUGGUGCAAAGGGGAAGAUUCACAAUAGGUUACACAGAAUUCUAAUUUGUCUGGUGACAUCUCUAACCUUUAUAGCAGAUACUAGGUUCUUGCAGUUUGUUACUGCAAUGAGCUAACACAGAGGUUGAUCACACAGUCUGGUAUGUGAUAAAUCUGUCCAUAAUUCCCUGUAAGGGUGACCAGUUGUUUGGGAAUGAGGCUCUUAGGUACGCAUUAAUCAAAAGAUAAGAAAAGGGGCAUGCCUUAAGGAGGGUGAAAAACCACUCCUUUCAAAGCACUUUUGAGGGUAAUUUCUUUCCUUUCAGGCUUUUCCCCAAGAGUCUUGCCUGGCCUAGAAUUGGCAUGUUUUUUUGUCCUGACACUGUUCCUCCUCUGGUGGGAGAUUGUCUUCGAGGAUUCUGUCAACUUCUGAAGCUUCAAUGACAGACAAAUGGUUGUGGGACACCAUAAAGCAGAGACUUGAUUGAACCCAAACGUGCAGGUCUUUGCCAUCUCUGAUAUCCAGUUUUCCCAAGAAAUGGCAGGUUGUGGAGAUGGUUAUCAAUUACCUACAGACUGGAGUAAUAGAAGAGGUACAGGUUCUGGAACGCUUCCAGGGUAUGCUCCCUCUUUUUGUAGUCCCUGCUGCUUCAAGAGGGAGAGCUUGUGCUUUAUUUGGAAGCUUUUACUUUGCCUCAGUGGGUUUAAUAAGAGCUGUACUUCCAUAGUCUGAUUUCAGCUUUUCAUAGAUGGUUCUUCCACUUUGAGUGCAUACCUGUUUUCAAUUCAAGGUGCUCCCAUUUGGCCUAGUCUAAGACCCAUUUGUGUUUACCAAAAUAAUGGCAAUAAUCUUCAACUUCAGGGGUUCCACCUAUAUGCUUACUUAGACAACUUUUUGCUCUGGGUGGCAUUCCAGGCAAAGACUUCAAGUGACUUGGCAGUCACAGUCCAGAUUCAUGGUUUCCUGAUGAAUGUAGCCAUGUUUUUCCUUCACAUAGCCUGCAACUAGCUAGGAGUGUUUAUAGCAGAAUGGGGAACCUGUGGCUGUGUAGAUGUUGCUGGGCUUCAGUUCCUAACAUCCCUGGGCAUUGGUCAUGGUGGCAGGGGCUGAUGGGAAGUGGAGUCUGAAAACACCUAGAGGGCCGCAUAUUCUCCCUUGUUUCUAGGCACCUGUCUUUCUUUCAGAGGAGAGAAUUGUGAUAGAGGUGGCAGGUAGCAGUAAUGCUAUUGCUGGCUGGGAAUGAAUACCUACUUUAGCCUCCACCACGCUGCUUUAGUGCACCUGCACCUGAAGAGCUGCAGCCUGUUAGAGAGCCAGAAGAAUGAGCCAGCCAGCUCUGCCCUGGACAGCAAGUGUGGGGACUUUGCCACAACUGUAGCUUCUUCUAAAGGGAAGCUUUUUGUGUGGGAUCUUGUUUGUGGCUGGCAGCUGUGUUUGUAGUGAGAGCAUCAUCAAGUAUGAUCUAGGGUGUUCCUAGGUUUUUGUUUUAUAUUUUUAGUGAUUUAUUGGAUUGUACUUUUGAAAUUGUGUUUACUGUAAUUUUGUUUUAUUUUCUUCUGUAUUGUUGGUGUUGACUUCUUUGGGGCGCUUUGGCCAAAAAACGCUACACAAAUA